ACCACGAGAUCACAGGGAAGAGCAGAAACAGGGGGAAUUCAACAAAGAGGAUUUCUGAAGCACCCUUGUGCUCAGUAACUCUUUUGUUCACCAAAGCAUCCCUCACAUUGCUAUAUGCCUGACUGGAGACAGUACCCACUAGCACCUAGUUUAUAUCAAGACAGAGACUGUUUACUUCCGAGGCACUAAGGACUGAGGAGACUUGGAAGCAAGUGAAAAAGGAUAGUUUGUCAAUAACUGAUCCGUAACAAAGAUGACCUCCAGCAUUCUGGUAGCUACUAAUUCCUUGCAGUGCAUUUCUGGCAUGCCUCAUGGUAAGAAGUCCAAUUGAGCCAGGGGAUUCUCAUUAAUACCUCCACUGUAAAGGGCUUUUAUUGUAGGCUGAAACCCUAGAGCUGUGAGUGGUUACCUGAGCUCCAGAGGGAUGACUCUCCGCAGGCCAGCUGCCCACCUACGAAGAGCUCCGGGUUGGAGGAGAUCAGGAGAUGAGUCCUAUUGGGAAAGUUCAAUAGCAGAGGGUGAGGUUUUGCCCCGUGUUUCUCGCCCCCCACGUCCACCUCGGCCCCAAAGUGCCAUUGAAGGGGGCCAGCUGGACGGCUGGCUGGAGCACCUGCAGAGGAUGCAGAGCGACCUUCUCAGAGCCCCAGUUCAAGAUCAGGUUCCAGCUUUCAAUGAUCGAACAACAUCCAUGCCUGCUCUCGACAAAGAGCCCACCGGACGUGCCUGGAGACAGUUGGGGAUUCCCUCCUUCAGCAGAGGUUCAUCUUCAUGUGGUAGUCCCAGCCUGUGUGAAAGUUCGCUGGGCAGCCAGGAGUCCCUCCAAACUGGGUUUUUUUCUCCUCCAGACCGCAGAGGAAACUGGGAGCGAGCUCAUAUCAUGCAGGCCCCAGGGAAGGAGCAAGCUCAGCUCAGUUAUCUUGCCCCAGUUAAAAUUGGGUGGCUGCCUAUCCAAAGAAAAGUGAUGAUGGCUGAUGCUAGCAAACAAAGCCAGUGUUUGGACCACUCUGCUGGCCAGAUGAAAUUGAAACAACCCAUCACUCCAACAUUUCAAAAGAAUCGAGCAACAGCCAACAGGACCCAGGAUGAAGAGGUGGAGAGAAGUCGCACCAGUCUGAGCGCUUUGGGUGUGAGGACGUGGCAGACACCUGAUCAAGACUCUCCCAUUACUAAACAGGUGCCAGAAACACAAAGCUUUCCAGUUAACGAAGGGGACAGAUCUGUGGGCUGGCAAACUCUGAGAAGAGGCUGGAACACCAACAGGGGGUCAGCUUUCCCUGGAGGCAGUCAGUCCAACGAUCUCCCCACAGGGACCAGCUCAGACCCCAACAGGAAGUCCCUUCUGAUGAAAACAACCAGCAUAGAGCCCCUUAAGAAUAGUCUACGUCGAACAACUUCUGCUGAUCCCUGCAAACCACACACUCUGCAGCAAGGGACAAGCAGCACAGAGACAUAUAAGUCAUAUACUCCUUUGCAUAGGACAACCAGUGUUCAGCCUAUAAGGGCAACAGCCCCACUGUGCAGAACAAACAACAGCUCACAUCCCUCGCACAUACAGACAAGCUCUGCUGUGACUACAAUCAUCCCUCAGAACAAAGCCGGCUUCUCCUCCAUCACCAUCUCCUCCAGGAAAGUGACCAGAUCGGCCAGUUUACCUGGCGCCAAGAACCGCAACCACUCUUCCCAGUCAAGUGAAUCCCCUUCGCCACCACUAUCCCACCAGACCAUGGACCCAAACUCCAGGCAGGUUACAGUGCAGAGGAAGGCCACUAUAGUCAAAGUGACUGAGCAAAGGGUGAUGUCCAGCCCCAGCACAAUAAGGGCGGGGACCCCAACAGCUAGCAAUGCUUUGGACACAGUCAUCCACAGAAGAAAGGCUACCAUCAUCAAAGUAACAGAGCACAGGGAGAGCUACAAUCCAGCCAAAGUAGGAUCUGGGAUGAGGCACCCAGAGUACAGACACAGCUACACAGAUGGAGUGUACAAAGAAAACAGCAUGUGGAGUCAUGGAAACCAUUCACAACACAAUACAGCACCUUCGUAUCACCAUCUGGACUCAAAGAGACCAAACUCUGCUGUAGCACCAAAUACAUCCACUUCAGAUGCAGAAAAAAAUGGUGAAACACUACACAGGUCCACACUGAGUCUUUUUGUGAGCACCCCCCCUGCUAUCACACCACCCGCUCCCUCAGAGGUUUCUCUGAGGGCUGUUGGACGGAGAUCGGACAGGCCGUGCAGACCACUGAGCUGCUAUGGCAAUGUGUUUGGACACACUGAACCAAGCAAGGAGAAUGUGACACAACCAGCUGCCAGGAAAUGGAGCUUUGCGCUUCCACAAGAGACCAUUAUCAACCCUGUGAACUCCGACAGUAGUUUGAUCAGUCCUCGAACAGCAGUGAAAGAAGCAGGUCAGCAAGUGGCAGACACCCUUAAGCCAAACGGAGGCGGGAAAGAAAUAGUGCCACCAGAGAAUGCAGAGAGGAGAGCGUCCCCCUGUCUAACUCUCAUCAAGGCCCCGGAUCCCCACUCACAUCAGUCUCCAGAGGAAGUGCUGGCUCUCAAUGCAGCUGCGAUCAUAGAAAAUAUCAAACUCCAAAGACAACUUAGUAAGAAGAAAACACCAAAUGGCAAUUCUGAGAAGGACUCCUCUGAAUCACCUCAGGGAAACACCGUGACAGAUGAGGGGAAAUGUAUGAAGCCACGUCCAGUUCAAAACCCAGUCCAGCACCACAACCAGCCUCGUGCUGCAUUUGUUCCACUGAGUCCUGAUCCUAAAAGGUCACCUGAAACUAUUUCUCUACAGGAAGCACUGCAGAGGUCCAGACCAGACUUCAUCAGUCGUUCCCGUGGCAGAGUGCGAGAGCUAGAGCGAAGGACAUAUGAGAGGAGGGAGCUGGCAGAUUUGGUAGACCCACAGGCAAAUGCUGCUCUCAGGCAGAGGGGAGUCCACAGUGCCCGGUCUACCUCUCUGAAUGAUAACCUUUUCAAACCCAGAGAUACAGCCAUUACUGGAAGAGAGAUGCAGCUCAGAACUAAGCGUACACUUGCAGAAGUGAAGAGGAAAAAAGAGGAAGAGAAGAAGAGAGAGGAGUGUUUGACCAACAGACAGCGAGUUGAACUUUUCAAAAAGAGACUGUUGGAUCAGAUUCUUCAAAGGAGCAACAGCUGAAUGAUGCACAACAGAUGAAGAUUAUGACACGCAAAGCCUGUAGCAUUGUAUAACAGACUGAUGCAGUUACCUUUGCUCUUUGACAGUGCUGAAUAUGAAUUAAAAUGUCAGUGUAGGUACUGAUAUAACCAACCCCUUGUUUUUUUUCUCUUGUGUAUUAGCAUUACAUUUGAGUUUCAGAGCUUAACAUCUGUUUUUCUGAAAAAUAAAUCCAUGGCAAUCUUUCAGAAACCCAGAAGGUCCUUUAACAUCACUUACCUCUGUUUUGAAGGUUUUUCCAUAACCUUCAAAGACUCUUCUGCCCAUCUGGAUAAAAAAAAAUCUAUUCUAAAGCACAAUAAAAAACAAAGUAAACUGUUUCCCUUGUUGUGACUCUACUAUAAUUUCUAACCCAACAAAAGUCCUUACUCAUUUUGUAUGACACUACAUGAAUAUAACGUUAACACAGAUAUACAUGAUAAUAAAAAGUUAAUUUUGUACAAAUACAGAAAGGAGAUAUGUCCAUCAAAAAUGUUUUUUUAUUGUGCAGUAAACUAAAUAUAUUUGAUUUAGUUGGCCAGAAAAAUCCUUCUUGAAAAGAUUUUUGAAAUAUCUUCAGAACAACAUUGUUGUUAAAUGAUCUUCUGGAGUUUUGAAAGAUUGCCAUAUAGUUUUCUUUUGAGAAAAAACAGAUGCUUAUGUGUGGGAUUCAGCUGUCCUAGCUGCGCUUGUGGUAUGCCAUUACAAAUGAAGAUGGCCAAAAUGGAUGCACUGUAUGAAAUCCUGGCUCAACGUUCUGCUUUGGUUGUAAUCAGAUAUCACCUGGUAAGCACACUGACUGAUACCCUUUUGAUGUAACAUCUAAACCAGUGAUGUAUGCAGUGUAUCAGCGUUAUCUUGUUUCUUGAUUGCAAAUUGCCUUUAUUUCCAGACUACUUCAUGUAAUGGGAUGCAGAGUAACCUCUCCCUGCACGAUAAAGUGCUGAUGUCCUCACGCAGCCACUUUCACAUGAUCUCAUGUGAUGUGAAGCAGUGAUAUAAGACAGAAUCAUUCAUUAUGCCUCACAGUCCCAUCCAGGACAGUCUUCACCCACCAUCCUCAUUAUACAACCAACAAGCAGAAAGAAGCCUGAAGUGCGCUCUGCCAUCAUUCAGCGCCAGCUAUUAGCUGUAAGAUGGAGGAAUGUGACCUCUUCUCACUGGAAAUGCCUCGUUAAUGGACAGUGCCGAUUUUGAAUGGAGCUUUUGUCUCUGUCUUUGUCUCAUGAUGGACUGGGGUCUGCCAUUGCAGAUUUAGAUUUGUGUGUUUUGAUCCAAAGAGAAUGUGCUCAGAGUGCUGAUGCACAACAUGAUGGAGCUGGGCAUAAAUCAAAAGUGAGACGUGUGAAUAUUUAUUUUUGGAAUAAUUGACAACAGAGCAGAUGCUCUUUUCAUCAUUCCUAAUUGUUAUUGUACUCAUUAGCCUUUAAGUUGGAGUUCUUUCAUAGUCCAGCUGUUUCAUACAUCUAAAUUUGCACUGAUGUCUCGGAGAAGACAGACGAGUGCUUCUGACUGUUUUUGUAAACCUUAUUUCGUGUCAGUGCACAUGCGUGUGUGUGUAUUUGGAUGGGAGUAGAUUGUUAAUAACAGCAUUUGUGGUUCAUAAUUGUUUUCUUCUUUCUAAAAUGAAUCAUUUCAUCUAGAAAGUAUAAUAAGACAACUAUGAAGCAUAGCUGCUGCUUGAGGAGGGUUAUAAAGUGUGUGGUUUUCUCUAUUGAACUUUACAAUGGUCUUACUAUUCAGUGUAACAUAAAACAUAAUUGACUUUAUGUACUUUGUAUGUAUUUUAUAUUUGAGUUGUGUUUAGAUAGCUUGUUUAAUUUUCUUCAAAAUGUGACUAUAAAAGUUGUUUCUUGUCA